UACGUUUGCAGAGUGCAUUGUAUACUGGAUACCUUCUCACGGUAGUAGCCCACCGCACACAUGCCCACACACGCUCUCACACAUUCCCAGUCUUACACAUACACACUUGCAAACCGGACCUGAAACUACAGCACCACGUCAGAAGUCACAGUCAGGUGUUUAGACAGGGCAGAUCUCACCAGCAUAUCACCAGGCACUUCUCUCAGUCAAAGGCAACACUUCUCAUUGGAAAGCUUCACUACACCAUGCACCCACAUGAUUUCCAAGCAUACAAGGAGUUGGAUCCCCAAAAUCAUCAAGAAAAGAGUGUGCACCGCCUUUGUAGAAGAUUCCUUCAGUAAUGGUGCACUGUGCCAGUGUGGGGGUGAAAGAGAUGCCCAUGCCUCUGUGGCUCUUGGUGACUACUUCAGCACAGCAAUUGUCAACCACUGGGACAGCGCCCAGCACUCCUCUGAAUACCCAACAGAUGCCUUUGGAGAGUUGCAGUUCGCAGGAGCCAGCAAAAGGCAUAGCUAUUUCCUUCGUCUGUCAUGGGACACACCACCAUCUAUGGUCUACACCCUGAUGACAGCCCACUGGGGUCUUCCUGCUCCCAACUUGGUGGUUUCUGUAGUGGGUGGAGAAGGCAGGACAAAAGUGAAGACUUGGGUACGAGAAGUCCUCAGACAGGGGCUGGUGAAAGCCUCACAAAGCACAGGAGCGUGGAUCCUGACGGCAGGCUUGCGUGAAGGCGUUGGCAGGUGUGUUGGAGAGGCAGUAAGGGAUCACGCCACUGCAGCUUCAUCGGUCUCCUUCAACAAGGUGGUGGCGCUGGGCAUUGCUCCGUGGGGCCUGGUGCACAACCGACAACAGCUGAUCAACCCUCAGGGCAGCUUUCCUGCUAAGUACUAUGUCCAAAACACGUCCCGGGACUCCUGCUGUCUUGACAACAACUACCAGGCCUUCCUGCUGGUGGACGACGGGAGUGUGGGACGCAGAGGAGGAGAAACGGGGUUCAGGGCCAAACUGGAGGACUACAUUUCCCACCAGCGCACAGGCAUCUGGGGCAGUGGCAGCAUUGACAUCCCUGUCCUUUGUAUGCUGGUGUCAGGGGAGUCGAGCAUGUUGGAGAGAGUGGAUCUUUCUCUGAAAAACUCUAUGCCCUGGCUGGUGCUGGCUGGCUCAGGGGGCCUAGCUGACUUCUUGAGUGACAUCUUGGAGAAUCUGUCUUCGUCCCCGGCUGUCCAAUCUACCAGUGAGGGUGAUGGCGAGGCGGGUCCCAGUGUGGAUCUGAAAGACAAAAUGACAGAACGGGUUAAGAAGCACUUCCCCUCUGAAGCGGAGACAGAAAAACUAGUGGAACGAGCUCUGAGCAUCUACCAGAACAGAGACUUCAUUACCGUGUAUCAUGGAGAGCAGGAGGGUCCAAAUGACUUUGAUACAGUCCUGCUCAAAGCAUUGGUGGGAGCUAGUAAACAGCGUGCAUCAGUGGAUGCCAGCCCUUACAAUGAAGAGUUGAGGCUAGCCGUCACAUGGAACAGGGUUGACAUUGCCAAGAGUGAACUCUUCAACGGAGACAUACAGUGGAGGUAUGAAGACUUGGAAGAUUCCAUGUCGGAUGCCCUGAUCAAUGACAAGCCUCAGUUUGUGCGUCUUUUCACUGAGAAUGGCCUCAACAUCCUGGACUACCUGACUUAUGGCAGGCUGGAAAACCUCUACCAAUCUGUGGGCGAUGGGACGGUGCUUUACCAGCUACUCCAGCGGCGUUUACUGGAGCGGCUAGGAACUGCAGCCCCUGUGCAAGCAUCAUCAAACCCGCAGGACUCAGCGUCCAAAGUGGCAGCAGAUAACCUGCAGAGUGGUCCCGUGACGCAGAUCAGCCUUUUUGAGAUUGCUGGAGUCCUGGAACUGUUAAUGGGCGAUGUCUGCCAGCCGUUUUAUUAUGAUGUUUUGGGCUUAGAACAGAUUGCAUCGAAGAGGAGAGCGCUUAGGCGUGCCAGUAAGCUGCUGCGUGGAGACUGCUUGUAUCGGGAGAGGCGCUGCCUCUUCCCCUGGGCUUCGCUCUUCAUCUGGGCCGUCCUACAGAACCGCAGCGAGAUGGCCACCUUUUUCUGGGAAAUGGCAGGAGAGUCAGUGCUGAGUGCUCUGAGUGGCUGCAAGAUCCUGAGGGAACUGUCCAAGCUGGAGGUUGAGACUGAGACCAAACUGUCCAUGAAAGAGCUGGCCCAGAGGUUUGAGAAUCUGGCACAUGAUAUCUUCAGCUCUUGCUAUCGAAGCAAUGAGAGUCGCUCUUUCACCCUGCUCAUUAGGAAAUCUCCAGUUUGGGGUGGUACCACCUGCCUGCAGAUGGCAAUGGGUGCUGAUGCAAGACUUUUCUUUAGUCAUGAUGGAGUACAGUCUCUGUUGUCUCAGAUCUGGUGGGGUGACAUGAAGAGGAACACGGAGGUGUGGAAGGUCCUGCUGACCUUCUUCUGCCCCAUCUUCUGUUACACCAACCUCAUUUCCUUCAGGAAACAAGAGGACCAUCAGCAAGAGGAGGAGGGGAAGCCUAAUGAGGACGGGCUGGGCAGGGACAACGACAGCCUUUAUGGCACCACCAUUUUCUCUUUCUCGGACAUCAAGCACAUUGAAGCUGAUGCACAAGGAUCAAACUCUCCCAGGAUAGCUACCAUCAAAGGCAUACCUGAGACUCACAGACCGCCAAAGCGUCCGUUCAUAGUGUCAAGAUGGCGUCAGUUCUGGUUUGCGCCCGUCACCUCAUUUUUGGGCAACGUCCUGAUGUACUUCCUCUUCCUCCUGCUGUUUGCCUACGUGCUGUUGGUGGACUUCAAGCCCCCGCCGCCCUCUGGUCCAGCCAUUUCCGAGUAUGUGCUGUAUUUCUGGGUAUUCACCAUUGUGUGUGAGGAGAUCCGGGAGACAUUCUUUUUGGGGACGAUGCCUUGGCGUCAGAGGAUGAGAGUGUACAUUCAGGAUGUGUGGAACAAGUUUGACCUCAUUGCCAUCUCACUGUUCAUCAUAGGAUUAAUUUGCAGGCUGUUCAAAUGGUCAUACGAAUUUGGCAGGGAUGUUAUGUGUGUGGAUUACAUGGUCUUCACCCUCCGUCUCAUUCACAUAUUUGCCAUUCACAAACAGUUGGGACCAAAAAUCAUUAUUGUUGGCAAGAUGAUGAAGGAUGUCUUCUUCUUCCUGUUCUUUCUGGGGGUGUGGCUCAUGGCAUAUGGAGUGGCCAAUCAGGCUCUUAUUUACUCGUAUGACCCUCGCCUGGAUCGCAUCUUCCGCCGGGUUUUCUACAGGCCAUACUUACAUAUUUUUGGACAGAUCCCUGUAGAAGAGAUGGAUGUGGGGAAGACGUGGGACAUGGAAUGCACAAACAACGUGACAUUGAUUGAAAAUGGCGAUGAGCCAUGCAGAGUUAUGAAUAGCAACUGGCUGGUGGUAAUUUUGCUGGUUGUCUAUCUGCUGGUCACCAACAUCCUGCUCAUCAACCUGCUCAUCGCCAUGUUCAGCCACACCUUCUCUGAAGUGCAGACCCACAGUGACAUCUACUGGAAGUUCCAGCGCUACAACUUGAUUGUCCAGUACCACUCCCGUCCUUCCCUGGCUCCUCCUUUCAUCAUCCUCUCUCACAUUAAUCUCUUUAUCAAGAGGAACAUCCGCAAGGUGCCCUCGAUUAAGAUCCACCACUUUGUGUUGGAGUUAAGAGGGAAGGCGGCCAACAGGUUAAUGACGUGGGAAACCAUUCAGAAGGAAGACUUCCUGACUGCACAGAGCAAGAUUCAGAAAAGCAGUGACUCAGAGAGGCUCAAGCGGAUGUCUGUAAAAGUGGAUGGUCUGGUCAAAAAUCUGACUGACAGCAGAGACUUUGACCACAGGCUGAGGGCUUUAGAGAAUGAGAUGGAGUACUGCUCAAAUGCUCUCAGCUGGAUUGUGGAUACUUUGGCACAAGGCAGCACGUUCAAACCACCUCGGCCUCCACCUGCAUUACGAGAUGCUUUCCCUUCUUCCAAUUCUGCCUGAGUUUGACCUCGGCGAUGCCUUCACUUGCUCAGGGUCUGUAAAACGAGGAUGAAACCAUGCUAACUGUUACUGUGCACACCAGCCAUGGUCAUCACUGGACUCAGUUGCUAAAUAGUUUUAACUGUUUCAGACUUAAUGUGAAAAAAUAGCAGCCAUCACUACUUUUUACAGUAUUUAAGUGUGCAAUCAGUCUUUUUCAUAUGCUAAAAUAAAGUGUAUGCAUGGUAUAUUUUAUUUUAUAAAGCUAUUACAUCUUUAUUGCUGUAAGUUUUGUAAUUACAGAGUUAUUUCUGGAAUUCUGUUACUCUUUUUUAUUAAUAGGCAAUAGGUUUUUACUCUUUUAUUGAAUAUAUGAUAUUACAGUUACUAAAUGGUUGCAUUUUAUGUUAAAGCAUGUAUGUUGUAUAUAAAGUAGAAUGAAUGAGUCUUUGUUGUUUUAUCUAAACAUUUUUGGAAACAGGUUUAUUCACUUUUUUAUGAGACUGAGAUUGUUCCCACUCUCAGACAGUUAGCUUAUCUUAGCAUGAUGACUGAAAAUAAGGGGCAACAGCUAGCCUGGCUCAAGAUUCAGUAUAACAUGGUAAUUAGUGGUGAUUACACUUUAGUGGUACUUAGUAGAGGAAGUAGUACUGAUAGGUGACUUUUGUUAAUUGGUUUCGCAGUUUCUGCAUUUGCCAGCUUUUAUGCUAAGCUAAGCUAUCUGGCUGCUUGUGGUAGCUUCGUAUUUAACAGGAAGAUGAGUGGUUUGUCGACUAACUCUGCAAGAAAAUAAUAAAUGUAUUUCCCAAAA